AUGUUGCAAAACUUCAAGCCCCGAGAAAUCAAAGCCCGAAAUGCACGACCGGGAUUUUGCAUUGAGGAACAUCUUGGUGACCAGCCACGCGAAGUCCGUGUGGGUAUUGUCGGAGUCGGGCUGUCAGGCAUAACAGCAGGGAUUCUUCUGCCUGCGAAAGUGCCAGGAAUAGAUCUGACCAUCCUCGAGAAAAAUGAAGAUGUCAACACUUACCCUGGAGUGCGCUGCGACGUGCCCGCCCACGUAUACCAGUCGGGGUUCGCACCGAAUAAUCAAUGGAUAGAAGAAUUUGCGCAGGGGGCAGAGAUCUUCCAGUACUGGCAGGGCCUGGCGCGUCGUUUUGAUGUUUACAAGUACUUGCGUCUUCGGCACAAAGUCCUACGAGCGGAAUGGCAGCCGGACGCAGCCCAUUGGAAAGUGGCCAUCCAAGACUUUCGGGAUAAUAAGAUCUACGACGAGACCUUCGACAUCUUCAUCGCCGCCAUCGGCUACCUCAACACCUGGCGGAUCCCUAACUUCAAAGGCAAAGACCAGUUCCAAGGUGCCAUCUUCCACUCCUCCAAUUGGAACCACAGUGUCUGUCUCGACGGCAAACGAGUUGCCCUGAUCGGGAACGGCGCCUCGGGAAUCCAGAUUUUGCCAGAGAUCCAACCCGUCGCCGCCAAGGUCGACCACUACGCCCGCAGCCGCACCUGGAUCGUUCACCCGCCCGACAUCGAAGGCGGCUGGCAAAGAGCAAUCUUCGGAGCUGAGGAGCUGGAAUCCUUCCGUGACCCGCAGGUCUACCUCAAGUACCGGAAGGAAAAAGAAGCCGAGUUCUUCCGCGGGUUCGCGACUUGCUUCCAGGACUCACCCGAGAAUGACUUCCUGCGGCAGAUGUGGACAGCCUCGAUGCUUGAGCGCGUGGAGCACAAUGCAGCCCUUCUCAGUGACUUGAUCCCUGACUUCCCGCCGUGUUGUCGCCGCCCUACCUCUGGGCCAGGAUACCUGGAGGCGCUGCUCAAGCCAAAUGUGGAGCUCAUCCGGUCGGGCAUUGAUUGCCUGACGCGGGAAGGGAUCCGGACGUUGACGGGGUGGAGCGCAUCAUACGGGCUGUAUGGAUUUCCUUACACGUAUCUCGGGGUGGCAACGCCGGGGUUCCCCAACGCGCUCUGGCUGGGCGGACCCCAUGUGAUCACCUACAUCGCGAAGAUCAUUCGCAAAUUUCGCGGCCAGGGCAUCCGGACUUUUGUUCCUGCGAAAGACGCGGCGGACGAUUUCCUCGAGUACUGUCACGCGUUCUUUCCACGCACAGUUUGGACGGGAAAUGAUGACUCGACUCCGGGGAAGGCAAAUUGUCGGUCGUGGAUGACUGGCGGGCGGCCAAAUGGGUUCGUGCAUGGACUGUUUCCGGGGAGCGCCAGCCUUGCAAAUUAUGUUCGGAGGGAUCCGCGGCGGGAGGACUGGGAGUACACAUACACAAAUCCCAGUGGGAAUAGAUUCGCCUACUUGGGGAACGGCUGGACAACUCGAGAGAUGCAGCCCGAUGCAGACUUGACGCCGCAUCUGAAGCAGCCGGAUCAUUAUUGAUUUGAAGUCGUACCUGGAAGGCUGGUGGGAUGUCUGAAGAUAUAACGGCUGUCAAUGACCACAGCUUGCCCAAAUGAUUAUUGGCGCGAUCCUAAGUUGAACAAUCCAGACUUAUUUU